AUGGCGAAGCUAUCAGCGGCGUCGAUGGAGCAUUGGCGGGAGCUCGGAGAUGGAGCAAUGGCGACCCUGUUUAAUGGCUCCAUCGUCGAUGGUGAUGGUUGGCGACCUGGAUUUGAGCAGUAUCACCUAACGCUAACAACGAUGAUGAUUCAACGACGGCGGGAGGCAGACGACGAUCCAAGCCGAUGCAUCCCGUCGUUUGCCGGGUCUGAUGGCGCCAGAGGUGGUGACCAAAGUGGCGCCGUGAUCUGGUGA